AUGAUUUCGGUUAAGCGAGUUUUUCGUGAAAAGAUGCAAUCAACUGCUAUUAUGUCAUAUCCAACCGUAAGAUUCAAUGAUAUAUCUGGUGCGAUUCGUUUAGCUAUCUCAAAUUGGUCUAAUGAUGGAAAAGCACAAUUGUUGUCAAAAAAACUUCUUCCGAAAGAAACAUUAUCAAACGAUGCAUUUGGACAAAUAUUAGCCGAUGUUUUUGCUACACUUGAUAUUGAAAUUUCUCCAGCAGACGAAACAACAACAGACAUAUACAAACAAAAGUUUUUUCAGUUAAUCAACAAUUCGGAACACAUUGUGUCAACAUCAUUAUUAAUGGAACGUUUAGAAAUUGAAGCAUUAGAAUCACUCGAUUUGAUUGUUAAUCGUGAAAACUUUAGUCAAAAAUAUGUUCGAAUUAAAACACGUUUAUUUUAUAAACAACAAAAGUUCAAUUUAUUACGUGAAGAAAGUGAAGGUUUUUCUAAAGCGUUAACAGAACUAAAUCAAGAUUUUACUUUAUCGUUGACAACAGCCGAUAUUCUCUAUGAGAGAAUUAUGGCGUUGAUCGGCUAUUUUGAUAUAGAUCCCAAUCGUAUAUUGGAUUUAGUGUUAGAAUCAUUUGAAUGUCAAUUAAAACAUUCACAAAUAUUCAUAGAAUUAUUAAAAUUACUCCAUUAUGAUCAAAAAACUAUAUGUCAAUUACUUGGGUUUAAAUUUCAAACAUAUAAAAAUCAAGAUGAAACCCCCGAUUCGUUAUAUCUAUUAGCCGCCAUGCUUAUAUCUAACAAUCUAGCUAAUUUGGAUCAAUUGUUGCCACAUUUGAAUUCGUCGAUUAGCGAAAUAAGUGAUAUAUAUAAUAAAGAAUUAGAACAAGCUCGUACUUCUAAAAAGACAACAGUUUCGUUAGGGACAAUAACAACUGAUAAUAGCAGCAACAAUUCAAAUACAAAGUCGAAAGAAAACUCAUUGAAACCAAACGAUCAAGUAUUAAACUUAUUGCGUUCAUUAUUGGCCGUUGGUGAUUUGAAAAGUGCCAAAAUUUUAUUUGAUUUAUUCCCACGAUGUGCUUGUACAUCUUAUAAAGAAAUAUAUUCAACUCUUUGUAAGAUUAUUGAUUAUAUAAUUGAUCCAUUGUAUAAAAGUCAUGCUGAAUUACAUCAGAAAUUUCUCAAUUACAAAAUAUCAUAUCCGUUAAAUGUUGUAUAUACGAUGUCCAAUUCUCAAUUGACUCAAUUAUCCACAUUUGAUGAAUUUCGUAUUCAGAUACUACCACUAUUACUUCAUUUGGGUCCGUAUUGUCAAGAUCGUCUAGUAUACAUAAAAUUAAUUCGUAUAUGCACAACAAUCAUGAAAACAAAGUAUGAUGAUCUAUCGAAACUUGACAGUAGUAGUGGAGAUUCUGAUGAACUGUAUGAAAACUUACUACUCAUUAUCGAUGAAUUAUUAUUACCAUCAUUAUCGUUAAUGGAUAUGAAUGGAUGUAUGGCCAUUGAAUUAUGGAAUUUAUUGAAAUUAUUUCCGUUUGAUGUGCGAUAUAAAUUAUAUGCAAAAUGGCAAGAAGAUACAUAUAAACUAUCAAUACAUUUAGUACAAGUUAAAAAUGAAGUAUUAGAAAAAUCAAAAGCAAUACUAAGACGUAUCACAAAAGACAAUGUCAAAACCUUUAGUCGACAAAUAGCAAAAAUUACGCAUUGUAAUCCAACUAUUAUAUUAUCUUGUAUAAUCGAUCAAAUUCAACGAUACGAUAAUUUCAUCAAUGUUAUUAUUGAUGCGUUAAAAUAUCUAUCUCCAUUAGCCUACGAUGUUGUUUGUUAUAUGAUAUUACGUGCAUUAACCACGAUACCAGCCUCUUCAUCAACGCUUCCACUCGCCUCAAAUAAUCUUGAUGGUAAAAUGAGUCGUGAUAAUGCCACACCGUCUCAAUGGUUUCAAAAUAUCUGUACAUUAUUGGCGAAUACUUUGAAAAAAUAUCCAAUUGAUUUUACAUCUAUUUUGUAUUAUAUUUAUGACCAAUUAUGUUUGGAAAAAUCGUAUGAUUUAUUUUUAUUACGUGAAAUCAUAACAAAAAUGAGUGGAGUGGAAAUAUCGGCAGCUGUCACCGCACAUCAGUUGGAUGCAGCGGCUGGUGGAGAACUAUUGAGAAACGAAGCGGGAAAUUUUACAGCUGCAAGAAAUGUUAAAAAACCAUCGAUUCGACUAAAAGAAGCUCUUUUGGAAAAUUCCAUUUAUUUACCAUUAUCAAUCAUCAUUGCUCAACAACGAAAUUGUAUCGUAUUCAAAUUUGGAGCACAAAGGCAUGAACAUUUGAAAUUAAUUGGAAAUUUAUACGAUCAGUGUCAAGAUACAAUGGUUCAAUUUUAUACAUUUUUAUCAAAUGUGUUAACUAGUGAAAAUUUCUUGACAACCUUUCCAUCAAUCAAAGAUUUAGUGCUUGGAUUUCAUUUGCAAGUCGAUGCGGCAUUUCAUAUUUCGAGACCAUUAUUUAAUUUAAAUGUUCAGGCUAAAUUUGAUGAAUUAAAACAAAAUAAUAUUACGUCGAAAGCUAUGACAAAAUCACAAGAAAAAACAUUUUUGACUCAAAAGUAUAUUGAAUCUGUGAACUUUGUUAUGUCACCUGUACUCGAUAUGGUUAAAUCGUUACAUCCAAAACGUACAUGGGAGGAAAUGACUCCUCAAUUUUAUAUGACAUUUUGGUCGUUGUCAAUGUCUGAUUUGUAUGUACCAGAACAAUCGUAUAAACGACGUAUUCAAGCACUUGAACAAGAAAUGGUUCAAAAUGAUGACAGAAAAGAAUUGACACAAGCUAAAAAACGUAAAGAAAAAGAUAAGAUUAACAGUAUUAUUGAUAAAUUAGCUGAAGAGUUAAUCAAACAAAAAGAACAUGUUGAACAUGUUCGAGCUAGAUUAGACGUGGAAAAAGAUGAUUGGUUUAAAAAUCGUAAUAGAACGAAAGCGGAAACAAUUACCGAAUUUCUUCAAUUAUGCAUAUUUCCUCGUUGUUUAUUGAGUGAAAUAGAUGCAUUGUAUUGUGCACAAUUCAUUCGAAUAAUACACGAUUUAGCAACACCGAAUUUUAGUACAAUUAUUUGUUAUGAUAGAAUAUUUUCUGAUAUUUCUUAUUCAUUGGCAUCGUGUAGUGAAAAUGAAGCAAUACGCUACGGAAGAUUUUUAUUAUGUUUAUUAGAGACAGUUAUGAGUUGGCAUUCGGACAAAGUUAAAUAUGAAAAAGAAUGUAGUAGUCAUCCCGGUUUUUUAACAGUAUUUCGAAAUUCAGUGACAGCACCAUCGUUAAAUAAAACCAUAGGUUCAACAACUUCAUUGUCAGCUUCACAACAGUUACCUGAACAAUUAGAUUAUGAAAAUUAUCGUCAUGUUUGUCAUAAAUGGCAUUAUAAACUAGCAAAAAGUUUCAUCGUCUGUUUGGAUUCUACUGAUUACAUUCAAAUUCGUAAUGUUUUACAAGUAUUAACAGUGUUAUUACCCAUUUAUCCGCGAAUAACUACAUUUUACACAGCAUUAGAAAGGCGUAUUAAAAAUAUAUGCAAUGCCGAGAAAGAUAAACGUCCAGAUUUAUUUGCAUUAGCCAAAUGUUAUAAUGGACGAUUAUCACAUAAGUAUCAAGAUAUGUGUGAAGAAAAUCAAUUCCAUGUGGUACCAGAAAAAAUGGCGCCAAUUCAAACAUCAUCAACUAGUACGAAUAAAAUCGCUUCGUCUGCUAAUAGUAAUGCAACCGCUACUGGUUCAACGAUAACUGCUUCUACAGCAGCAACUGUGACAGCUACAGUAGCAAUAGGUCAACAAUCACGUUCAACAACACCAACAAUAACCAAUGGGGUUAUGACAGCUAAUUCAACGACAAAGCCAUCAUCGUCCGUUACCACCGAUAAACAGCAGUCAUCCUCUUUACCGAGUACCUCAAUUCCUCCUCAAACACCCCCGUCAUCUGCAACGGGAUAUAAACAGAAAUCAGCGUCACCUGCUCCAGCUCAAAUUACAGCAAAAACAUCCUCAGUUGCAUUGACCUCAACACCAGCCUCAUCAAAAAAGCCGAGUGAUACCAGCACAAUAGCAGCUGUUACAGAUGCUCAUGACCGUUCAGCGAAACUAACCAUACAAAAUGAAGCUACAGAAAUCUCAUUAUCAACACAAUCAGCCAAGGUAAAAUUAGAUCGGACACUGCAUGGUCCAUCUGUUCCAACAACAUCUACAACACCGCCCUCGAAUCCUGGUGGCCCAUUACAACUGAAAUCAUCAUCGACCGAUCUUCAAGUAAAAGUAAAAUCAGAAAAUAUCGAUCCAAAACAGCAGUCAACUCGUAUGAUUAAACUGACCAGUAGUGGAGAAAAAACAAAUAACAACUCAGAGCAUUCAUCAUCAUCUCAUCAUCAAUCUCAUCGAUUAGACACAGAGAAAAAAGAUAGUCGACAAAGUAACACCACAACAACACUCACUAUCAAAAAAGAACCAAAGGAACAAACUGGUAGUUCAAAUAGUCGACGACAACAGGCACCGGCGAUUGAUUCACUCUCACACAAAGACAAAGAACGUCGAACCGAUUCAGACAACAAUACUACGUCACCAAAAACUUUAACAGAACGAACAUCAUCUCUUCCUUCCUCCUCGACACGUUCAGUUGAAUUGCCUUCUAGUCGACGUUCAUCGCCAAGACAUGUGACGACAGACGAUGAUGCGGCUAAAAGAUCGGAUCUCAUAAAUGGUUCGAAAUUCUCAUCUUCGUCGAAUACUAUUGAUUCAUCUAGUAUAAAAGCUAGUCGUGGUUUAUCACCCGAACCAGUCCAACCAGACAAAAAACGACGCGCCGGUUCUUCGAAAGGUAGUGAUCGUAUUGUGACAAGAGGAAAUGGUGAAACGACUAGUGGACGAGUUGAGCGUCAUCGAGAUAGAAAAAGUGACUUUACUUCACCUGAAGUGAAAAAACGUAUUCGUUCUCAGAGUCACGACAAGAAUCCUUCGUUAAAUUUGAGACGAUUGAAUAAUACAACAGAUGCUAUCAUCUCCAAUAGCAACAGUGCGAACGAUGACAACGAUUCUCUACCUCAAUUAGCAACCUCAUCUUCACACCCGAAACGAAUUAAAACAACUGCACCAACAGAAAAUGAACGAGGUCACACAUUAACAGAGCAACAAAAAUCGUCAUUUUUAAAAGAAAAUGAUAGUGGAAAGAAAGGCAGCCCAUCGAAAAAAGAUUAUCGUGAAGAUCGUCAUGAGCGAAAUCUGAGAGCGUCAUCAUCACGCGAUAGAAGAGAAAAAUAUUUAACCGUGAUUGAUUGUCUGCGUUUGAAUGUUGAUACUAAAAUGUCUGAAAAUUAUUUAUUCAUAAUCAUCAUUCCAAACGAUUGGAAUUUAGAAGAAAAUGAAAAUAUCGUUGAAACUAAAGAGACUACAAAAAGACUUCGGAAUGAUGAUGCUACAACACCCAAAUCACAGCGUCCAAUACCACGAAUUAUUACCGAACCGAAAAAAUCCAUAUGCAAAAUUGUUAAACAUUCUAUACUGGAAAAAUAUGGUCUAGUAGAAAAGUCGCUAUGGUUAUUGUCAAACGAUCAAAAAUAUUAUGAAGUUACUUUUGUGUGUGAAUUUAGCUCAUUUUGUGAAGAAUUACUUCAUCAAUUAUCUGCAAUUGAUAUUGGAAUUAGAACUGGCACACGUGUAGCCGUUAGAAUGAUUCCGAUUGCUGUAUUUUAUUUCAGCGUAUUACCAGUAACAUGUGCACUUGGUUAUCGUUCACACGUGUCAUCAAACUAUCUGAAACCAGUUCCAAUUGAUCAUCGUUAUCGCCGACGAAAUCAAAAUUUCAAUCAUGGUCAACAACAAAAUAAUUUUACAAAAGUCGAGCGUUUGUCUACUCGUCGAAAAUCGGUUCGUGAAGAUUUUAUGCAAAGUAUUCGGUCACGUUUAAUGGUGUUUCAAGUUGUUCAAGCGAUCAGAAAUCAAUCGUCAUUAACAUUUGAUUUUGUCGUACUAAUCACAUUAGCAAGUAUAUUAGCGAUGCUUGGUUUAUUAGAAAAUAGUUCUGUUAUACUUGUUGCAUCGAUGUUAGUUUCACCAUUAAUGGGUCCGAUAUUAGCCAUAGUGUUCGGUCUUGUGAUUCAUGAUCGUUCAUUGUGGAAAAUUGGACUUCGUUCAGAAUUAAUUGGAUUAUUUAUUUGUGUAUCAUGUGGUUUCUUAUUUGGUCUAUGUACAUCAUAUCGCGAAACAAAUUGGGGUAGUUCAACAUCAUUUCCAACAGCGGAAAUGAGAGCCAGAGGUGAUUUAUCCCAUUUAUUGGUUGGUGGUUUGAUUGCUUUGCCCUCAGGUGCCGGAGUUGCACUAUCAGUUUUAGGUGGAAAUGCUGGAUCGCUUGUUGGAGUGGCAAUCUCGGCAUCGUUGUUACCGCCUGCAGUAAACUCGGGUCUUUUAUUAAGUUAUUCACUACUCAGCGCUGCUCUACCAUUAUCAAUAGGAAGAAAAACAUCAAAUAUAAAUGAAACUUUUUCAUUCAGGCAAAAAUUAUAUCCAUAUACAAGUUACAAUUGUACAUCGUUCGAACAUAAUUCCUAUCGUUCACUAUAUUCUUGUUCAAUGACAUACGAAACAUUGAUAUUAGCUGGUUGUAGUUUUCUAUUAACUCUGUUAAAUAUACUAUGUAUUAUUUUAAUGGGUAUUGUAGUAUUGAAGAUAAAAGAAGUAGCACCCACAGUUAAAAUUCAUCAAUCAGAUACGGAUAAAUUUUUUCAUAAUGAUAUUCGACUAUUCAGAGAUUACCAUAAGACAAUACAUCAAAAUGAAGCAGAGAAAGUUAUUGAUGAAGUAACAACAGAUGAUAAUGAUGAUAGUACAAAAAAAGAACGAUUACAACAAUUAAUGGCAUUAGCAACUGUCUAUGAUCUUGAUUUAAAAAGUGAAAGUGAUUUAACAUUAAAUAAUCCAAUAGCGAGAGAAAAAGUUAAAAAGUUAUAUGAAACUUUAUUAUUGAUUGAUCAAGAAGCAAAACGAUUAGAUUUUGGACGAAGAGUACCACAAGGUCCAAAUUCAAUGAAUAUACAACCACCAUUACCGAGUUUAAUGGAAAUAUUACCACCAAAAUGGACCGAACUAUUUCAACAACAACAUCAACAUAAAUUUGACGAUGAUAAACAUCCAUUAUACAAUCAAAAUUAUUAUACCUAUCAUAACCAACAAUUACGACCGAAAAAUCAAAAUUCUGUUCGAACAUUGUCAUGUUCAAAUAAUUUCUCUGUUAAUUACGAAAUAAAUAAUCUUGAGACACAUACGAAUAUUGAGGAGCAAGAUGAAGACAACGAAUGCCAGGAAACACUUCUACAGGGAACACGGUUUCGUUUAAAAAAAGCAAAAAUUAAAUUUGAAGAUGAACAACAUGUAUAA